AUGACGCCCAAGAUUCAAUCCCUCGACAUCGGCAACAGCGCCGCCGCCUACUACGCCGCCGCCACUACCACCACCACCAGCAGCGCCUCCAACGGCACACAAACAAUCCACAUCUCCGGCCAACCAGGCAGCACCGCCUCCGGCCUCGUCCCGGCCGACUACGCAUCGCAGAUCCACCUCGCGCUCCUCAACCUCCACAAGAUCAUCCUCGCCGCCCACGCCUCCAUCACCGACAUCGCCAAGCUGACCCUCUACAUCGUGGACUACGACCCCUCGCAGCGCCUGCACUCUCGCCCGCUGCAGAAGUUCCUCAACGGCCACCGCCCCGCCGUGACGCUCGUGCCCGUGCCCCGCCUCGCCGUCGACGGCUGGCUCUUCGAGAUCGAUGCCGUGCUGGCCCGUGAUACCAUCAGUCUACCACCCCCCGCUGCACCAUCGUCGACCUUCGCAGCCGCCGAGUCCGUCGACGUCGUCAUCAUCGGCGCCGGCCUCGCGGGCCUGACCGCCGCGCGCGACGUCCUCUCCGCGGGACUCUCCUGCGUGGUGCUGGAGGCGCGCGACCGCGUAGGCGGGCGCACGUACAGCCACGCGCUGCCGGGCGGCGGGGUGGUGGAUCUCGGCGCCGCGUGGAUCAACGACUCGAACCAGAGCAGGAUGAUCGCGCUGGCGAGGGCGUUGGGGCUGGAGCUGAUCGAGCAGAACACGGCGGGCGAUGUCGUGCUGCAGCAUUGGGAUGGGAGCAUCAAGCCGUUUGCGUAUGGGGAGCUGCCUCCGUUCCCAGAAGAUAUCAAGACCCACUUGGCCGCGAUCCGCGACAUGUGCGAAGCCGACUGCCAGCAGAUCUCCGCCGCCUCACCGCAGUCCUCCCACGCGAGCCUCGACUCCCUAACCUUCACCGCCUACCUCCGCACCCGCCACGCCAGCGACGAAGCCAUCGCCACCGCCCGCGUGUGGACGCGCGCCAUGCUCGGCCGCGAGCCCGAAGACAUCUCGGCCCUCUUCUUCCUCAACUACUGCAAGUGCGGCGGCGGGCUGAUGCAGAUGCGCUCCGACCGCGCCGGCGGGGGCCAGCACCUGCGCGUCCGCCAGGGCACGCAGGCGUUCGCGACGGGCCUCGCUGCAAGUCUGCCUCCGGGGGUGCUGCGCCUGAACGCGCCCGUGGAGGCCGUGACGCAGUAUACCGCGCAGGAUGUGUCGGUGAGGGCGCUGGGCCGGACGAUUCGGGCGAGGAAGGUCGUGUCCGCUGUGCCGCUGCCGGUGUUGAAGCACGUGCGGUUCUCGCCGCCGUUGCCGGUGGCGAAGAGGCUGUUGGUGGAAAGCUAUAGCUAUGGAUACUAUCAGAAGGUCAUGGGCGUUUUCAAGGCGCCGUUUUGGGUUGAGAAGGGGUUCUGUGGUUUGGCGCAGAGCUUUGUGGGGCCAGCAGGGGUGAUUAGGGACACUAGUGUGCCUGUAGAAGGCAAGUGGGUGCUUACUUUCUUUAUCGCCGGUGAGGCGGGCAAGGCUUGGUCGCUGUUGCCGAAGAAGGAGGGAGAGAAGAAGUUGCUGGAGCAGGCGGCUGCGCUGUGGUGUGGUGGCGACAUGGAAGAGGUACGCAGGAGCUUCAUCGAGUUCGUGGGCUUCGAGUGGCUGGACGAAAAGUGGAAUGGAUAUGGGUGUCCAAGUCCGAGCUUCGCGCCUGGCGUGCUAGAAACUGUCGGCCAUGCACUCGCAGAACAAGUGGGUGAUGUUCACUUUGUUGGGACUGAAACGAGUGAUGUCUGGAAAGGCUAUAUGGAGGGCGCAGUGAGGAGUGGUGAACGCGGUGCGGCAGAAGUGGUGGAGGGCUUGAAGCGCGUUGUGGCAAAGCUGUAG